AGUUCGUAACCACCCCCACCCUCCCUCCCUCUCUUCGCUUCUGGGAACUUUUCUUUUUAAGUACCCAGGUCUGAAUCUCCAAAGAGUAACCGAAAUUAGAAAGGAAGGAGAGAGAGAGAGAGAGAGAGAGAGAGAGAGAGAACAACAAUUCAUUCGCACUUGAAAAUAUAUAUAUAGAAGGCAGAGCGGAGUUAGAUAUAGGGAGAGAGAAGAGGAGGGUGAAGAGAGAGUUAUAUUGGCAGUGCAUAUUUGGAAUUUAUGAUACACAAGGAAGUAAUAUACUCCCACAUAAUUCUUAUUCACUUUCUAUUGGGGGAGAGAUCAGGAGGACUGAGGAGAAUCUGAGAUCUCGACACUUUUUGGGUUGUAUUUUUCCGCUGUUAUAAGGCUCUGCUUUUCGGGCGAAAGUUUCACGAAUCACGAAUCCGCAAGACCUAUGAUGGAGGCCACUAUGAGCUUUUCACAAGGCAUAAAUGAUGAAUACGAGAAGUUUAUCAGAAGAAUGAACCCACCCAGAGUUGUGAUUGAUAACGAGUACUGCAAAAAUGCAACUGUUAUACAGGUGGACAGUGCUAACGAACAUGGAAUACUUUUGGAAGUUGUUCAAGUCCUUACUGAUCUUAACCUUAUCAUUACUAAAGCUUAUAUUUCUUCUGAUGGAGGCUGGUUCAUGGAUGUCUUUAAUGUCACUGACCAAAAUGGGAACAAGAUUACAGACGAAGGGGUUCUGGAUUAUAUCAGAAAGUCACUAGGGCCAGAUGCGUGUUUCACAUCUUCUAUGAGAAGAUCUGUCGGGGUAAAACAGUCAAUGGAUCACACCUCCAUUGAACUAAUAGGAAGUGACAGACCAGGACUCCUAUCUGAAGUUUCAGCUGUUCUUACCCACCUCAAAUGCAAUGUGGUAAACGGUGAGGUGUGGACCCACAACACUCGCGCUGCAGCCGUGAUGCAAGUGACUGAUGAGGAAACGGGGGGAGCAAUCACUGACCCAGAGAGACUAUCAAUGAUCAAGAAACUGUUGUGCAAUGUACUAAAGGGGAGCAACAAAUCGAGGGAAGCUAAGACCGUGGUGUCUCAUGGAGGCACUCACACUGAAAGGAGGCUACACCAGAUGAUGUUUGCUGACAGAGACUAUGAGAGAUUGAGUGAUGAUGCCUUGGGGGAAUCACAAAGGCCGGAUGUUAAUGUUGUGAAUUGGCAUGAUAGGGAUUAUUCAGUGGUUACUAUCCGGUCUAAGGAUAGGCCAAAGCUUCUUUUUGAUGCGGUUUGCACUUUGACAGAUAUGCAGUAUGUGGUUUUUCACGGGAAUGUCGAUGCUGAAGGACCUGAAGCUUAUCAGGAAUAUUGUAUCAGGCAUGUUGAUGGCUCUCCUGUGAAAUCAGAUGCGGAAAGACAAAGGUUGGUUCACUGUCUAGAAGCAGCCAUUGAAAGAAGAGUAUCUGAGGGGUUGAAGCUAGAAUUGUGCACUACUGACAGAGUUGGGCUGCUAUCUGAUGUCACGCGCAUAUUCCGCGAGAACAGCCUAAACGUCACCAGAGCAGAAGUGACGACGAGAUCAGGCAAGGCGGCAAACACAUUCUACGUUUGCGAUGCAUCAGGCUAUCCGGUUGAUUCCAAGAUUAUCGAUUCCAUCCGUCAAGCAAUCGGCCAAACCAUACUCCAAGUGAAGAACAACCCCGAAGAGGCAAACCAAAAUCCUCAAGAAUCCCCGUCCAGGUUCCUCUUUGGCGGACUCUUCAAAUCCAGAUCUUUUUGCAAUUUUGGACUGGUCAAGUCGUACUCCUAGAUGUUUUACCAUUUCCCACAAGUGCCACCCCCCUGUACAUGGAACUCCAUCACUUAGCCAGCAAAAGGAAAGCCGUAGAUUGAGUGAAGCGCUUGUAAAUACGCCUAUUUAGUGCUUAAAGUAGGCUUAUUAUUAGUCUCGUGGAUCCAACGCCCUGUUGGAUCCAACGAAAAUGGAGAUUGGAGAUUUGGAUCGCGUUAGCGCGAAAUAUUUGUACAUAGUAACUUCUCUAGCUUCUAAAUCUUGCUGCCUUAAUUAUUGAAAUCCUUGGUUUCUUUUU